AUGUCACUUAAACGUGCAUUAAAUGAGUCCGAUAUGAUUGGUACAGCUAGAAUUCUCGACUCAUUUCCUAGUGAAAUUUUUUCUCGAGAUAGCGAAGAUCGUUUAGCAUUACAUUAUGCAGCUGAAACAGCUGAUGCAGAAACAUUUAAACGAAUUCUCGAAAUGGACCAUUCAUUAAUUCAUUGUCAAGAUCAAAAUGGAUAUACGCCAUUACUGAUCGCAUCGAUGAGCGGAAAUGUACCAGCAAUUAAAUUAAUGAUAGAAAAUAAUAUUCAAAUUAAUCAUAUCGAUAAGGAAAAGCAUUCUGCUGUGCAUUGGGCUGUUGCAUGUGGACAAUUGGAAGCAUUGAUAACAUUGCUGGAAAGUGGUGCUAGAGUUGAUUGUGUCGAUAAUCAAGGUGCACAAGCAGUUCAUUAUGCAGCAGCAGCUACUACCAAUGAUAUUACAUUGGAGCGUUGUGAAGCAAUAUUACAUAUAUUAUUAAAAUAUGGCGCUAAUGUCAAUGCUCGAGAUAUCGAUGGUAGAACGCCAAUAUUAUGGGCUGCUAGUUGUGGAAAUUUGGAAAUAGUAAUUAUUCUAUCACAAAUUGGCGGUGAUAUAUAUGCUACUGAUAGGGAUCAAUUAGGUGCAAUACAUUGUGCUGCAAGCCAUGGGCAUAUUCAUAUUAUUGAAUAUUUGAUCAGUAAUCUGGAUCCGUUUAUUGUUAAUUCGGUUGACCGGAAUGGUGAUACGGCAUUAUUUUAUGCAGUAACAUUAGGACAUUAUGAAUGUGCUCGAUUACUCUUACUUAAUGGAGCUGAAGUAAAUCAUCAGGAUCGUCAUCUUCGAUGUCCAAUUCAUUGUGCUGCAGCAAAAGGUCAAUUACGAAUGCUCAAAUUACUAAAACAAUUUGGUGGUAGCUGUGAAAUUCAAAAUCAGCGAGGCGAUUUACCAAUACACGAAGCUAUUCAAGCUCAUGCUAAAGAUUGUGUAGAAUAUUUGCUUGCAUUACAUCCAUCAUCGAUAAAUGUAUCAAAUUAUGAAGGUCGUACCGGAUUACAUUUAGCUGCCGCAUCCGGAAAUAUGGAAAUGGUCAUUCUAUUAUGCACACGAAAUGUUGCCAUUAAUCCAUUAAUGCUAUAUAGGGAUACACUUUUGACACCGCUUGAUUUAGCAAUGCAAAAGAAUCAUGAAAUGAUUGUGGAAUAUUUACAUUUACGACAGGAUGCUAAAUUAGCUGACGAAUUAUCUGAAGAAAUUAAAAAGCAAACAAAAUUAUCUUUGAAGCAUCGAUUUAUUGAUGUACAAGAAGGUAAGCCGAGAAGUGCCCCCUCAUCAAAUGUCACUCAAAUAGCCAAUCAAGCAGGAAAAUUAGCAGUAACAACAAAUAUUGAAAAUAAUAUUAGAAUGAAAAGUGUAAGUGAAGAAACGCAAACAGCAAUGCAAAUUUAUCGAGUUGCAGCUACUAAUACAUCGAGACCUGAAUCGCAUGAUAGUAACAAUGUGACAAAAAUUUGUCAAUCUACUUCACCGAUACGAUUACUUAUACCUAAAGCAACGAGUACUGCAGAUCUUGAGCAAUAUUUACCUAAGAAACAAUUCGAAGAAAAAAAUGAGAAAAUUGGAGAAAUUAAUAAUGCAAAUUGGUCAUACAAUAAUUAUUGGUCAUCAGAAGAGGAUGAAAUAAACAAUGAAUAUGAAAAUAAAAAACAAAUAAAAUUAUCAAAAAAUAAUUUAAACAAAUCAAGAAAUGAAUUUGAUUUGCAAUUGAAACAAUUGAAGGAAAAUGAACGAUUGUAUGACAAAAAUGAAAAUAAAGAAAAGUUGAAGAAAAAAUUUGUAGCAGUGACAAGAAUUGAUGAAAUUUUGAGUAAUAAUGAUAACGGUGAUAACGAUGAUAACAAUGAUAAUGGGAAACAUAUUAAUGAUAAUGCAGAAAGUAGCAGUAUUUAUGGUUUAAGUGAUAUUUCACACUCAGAAGGAUCAAUCACUGCAAUGAAUGAUUAUCAGAAAUGUUAUUCACAGCAAAAAAUGCUAAAAAAUGUUUGCAAAAAUGAUUUUGAAAAGAAAUUAGCAAAAUCAGUUGGCUCAUUGCAAGUUGGCAUUUAUCGAAAUGAUUGUGGCGAAGUUAUAAUGCAACAAAAAUCUAAUAAAAAUAAAAGAAUUGGUCAAUGCUAUGCACACGAAGAAGCAAUUUUUAAUGAAUUAACACAUUUGAAAAAAAUGCAAUUACAAUAUGGCAAAGUAAAAGAGCCAAUAUUGGUUCGAACAUUAAUAAAUAAUUUUUGUAAAAUGUAUAAUCUCAAUCCAAUACAUUUCAAAUUUAACACUUUUCAUGCAUGGGAAAAAUUUCUUUGUGAUCAAUUGAAACUGCUAUAUUUGGAGGAACGAAAUCGAAUUUUCAAUUCGCAUCGUUCACGUUAUUUAGCUAUGAAUAAGUAUAAAACAAAUUUACAACAGAAACAGGUAUGUAACAGUAGCACGGCGUUAAGUACGAUCACGGAAGGUAUACGUUCAGCUCACAGUGAUUCAUCUCAAAUUGCAGUAUGCAACGGUGAAAAGCGUUGUAAUUGUUUGUAUAAUAAACGUGACCUGUUAUAA